AUGGGGUCACCUUACCUCCUACUGGUCGAGCAUGGCAACCAGCGGGAGCCCCAACCUCAUGCGAGUGUGGCACGCCUACGGUGGGAAGCAUGCAUGGCCAUGUCAAGCACGCGGACACGGGUGCCUAUGGAUCCUCUUGAAUGGCAGACCUCUCAGGAGAUGGCAAAUAGCAUAGUUGCAUCCUUGGCCAACACGAUAGGAGCUGCUGAAUCUGUAUUAAGAGUGGCUGCAACUGGACAUGACAAGAAGCUGUUUUUCAAGGUGGUUUUUACAUUGUAUUUUCUAGCAGCUUUGGGAAGGGUGGUGUCAGGCGCUGCGGUUGCUUAUGCUGGUAAUAACACAGCAAACUAA